CGCCCGCGAACGGUCGCGGAUACGUCACCGUGACAAUUUAUCAUCGGUGUUAAGUCAGAAAUACAUUACUUGAUUAUUAAUAAGCAACAAAACAAUCCACCACCAUGGAUCCCGAAGCCUUCUUAGACCUGGCCAACCAGGUCAUAAAGCUGAAAAUGUACCCGUUUUUCGAUAUAGCGCAUUCACUGCUUUGCGCUCUAGCGGUACGGGAAGAUUUAGGAGUUGGAGCACAAGCAUUCUCUAGGAAACAUCCUCUAUCAUGUUGGCUGUCUACGAUGCUGGUGAUAUUCUCCGGCGGGAUGGUGGCCAACGGGUUGCUGGGAGAGCCAAUACUUGCGCCGCUGAAAAACACACCGCAGUUAGUUAUCGGCACUAUCACAUGGUACGUGGUGUUCUACAUGCCAUUCGACAUAGGGUACAAGGUGGCGAAAUUCUUACCAGUAAAGGUGGUUGCGGCAACAAUGAAGGAGAUAUAUCGAGCGAAGAAAGUGUUCGACGGAGUCUCUCACGCUGCCAAGCUUUACCCCAACGCUUACAUCAUUAUGAUUAUUAUCGGAACGCUGAAAGGUAACGGGGCUGGUUUCACCAGGCUGGUGGAACGUCUCAUACGAGGAGCAUGGACGCCUACGGCCAUGGAAACUAUGCAGCCCAGCUUCUACACCAAGGCGUCGUUGGUGGCCUCCGUGAUCUUCGUGCUGGACAAGAAGACAGACAUCAUAUCAGCGCCGCACGCGCUUGUGUACUUCGGCAUCGUCAUAUUUUUCGUUUACUUUAAGUUGUCUUCUAUCUUGCUCGGCAUACACGACCCCUUCGUGCCGUUCGAGAAUCUGUUCUGUGCUUUGUUCAUGGGUGGCAUCUGGGACUCGCUAGCCAAGAUACUGGGCAAGGGCCAGCCGAAGGAGGAAACGAAGGAUGCUAAGAAAACUAAUUAGAUAUUGCAAACGUCGCAGGAACUCUGCUUUUCUGACACCAACAACACCAACUGCGACGUCUUCCUUAGAAGAAAAAAAAAUAAUUAAAAUUAUAAACAUAAAAAAAAAAGAAAAACCCUUGUAAAUCUUUAAAAAAAAUGGCACAACGACCAAAGUUCGCAUAAAAUUAAAUUAUUUAAGUUUUAAGUUUGACUAGUCACAAACUAUAAGUUUUUAUAAGUAUACGGUGAUUGUUUCUAUAAGUAUUUGAGUGGUUUUGAUAUUUAAAAUGUUUGCGGCUAUCAUUUGACGGCAAAAACCAAUGAGGUUACCUUUGAAAUAAUAGUUACUAGAUUUAAUAUAAUAACAUUUCGGCAUAGCUUUGUCGUUUUCCUAUGAGCAUGCUGUAUUAUUAGCUAAUAGAAAACUAGUGCAAUAAAUUUUAAUUGUAUUAACAAAUGCAUUAAGUAUUAUUGUUUAUGGUAACCCUAUUAAUUAAUGUUGCCAAACUAGAUAUAUUUUUUACAAUGUUGACAUAUUACAUUUUUAUGAGACGGAAAAAAAUUAAUAGCUUUUAAUUGUGAUUAUUAGCUACAGACAUUUUUAUGUGCGUGAUUAGUCUUCCAACAAUAUUAUUAGAUGUGGUUAUUAAAAAAAAACGUAUUA